CUCCACCAACAUCCACAAAAUGCUGACAUAUACCUAUUUUACAAUUAAUUUGAAUUAAAGAAUCGCGAAUCUUAGCUCGUAGAAAGGUCGUUGAAUAAAUUUUCCUCGUUUCCGCCAUGAGACGAUGACUUUGUGCUAACUGUAGAGUUCAUAUAGGAGGAUCUCUUAGUUUUUUUUGGCACUCAUGGAUACAGCCGGAAUUCAGAAGCACUCAUUCGGUCAAACGGAAAUCAACUGGGACAAGCUUCACAAAACUAAAUUCUAUGUUGUUGGAGCUGGAAUUUUUUCUGGAAUUACAGUGGGACUUUAUCCAAUGUCAGUUGUGAAAACCAGGAUGCAAGUAGCGUCACACGAUGCUGUAGAAAGAAAUGCUUUGUCUGUCAUAAAAGGCCUCCUAAAAACAGACGGGAUUCCUGGUUUAUAUAAAGGUUUUGGCACUGUCGUGAUAGGAGCCAUACCUACCAGAAUAAUAUUUCUUACUGCAUUAGAGACAACAAAACUAACUGCACUGAAGAUGUUAGUGCCAUUUAAACUGUCAGAGCCUACACAGGCAGCUGUAGCAAAUGGGGUUGCUGGCCUGAUGGCAUCUUUUUGUUCACAAGCUGUAUUUGUUCCAGUUGAUGUGGUUAGUCAGAAACUGAUGGUGCAAGGAUAUUCAGGCCAUGCAACCUAUACUGGGGGCGUGGAUGUUGUUCGUAAGGUGGUAAAGUCUGAGGGGAUUCGCGGUCUGUAUAGAGGCUUUUGGCUCUCAGUUCUUACAUAUUCUCCAUCCAGUGCAGUCUGGUGGGCAACCUAUGGUGCAAGUCAACGAGUCAUUUGGAGAUUUCUGGAUGAUGGCAAUGCUGCUCCAACCGAAGGAAAAAUUCUUUUGGUUCAAGCUGCCGGAGGAAUUUCUGCUGGUGCAACUUCAACAUGUGUAACAACCCCAUUAGACACCAUUAAAACUCGCUUACAGGUGACUGGGCAUGACAAAAGACCCACUACAAAGCAAGUGGUUAGAAGUUUGAUUGCUGAUGAUGGAUGGAUUGGCUUUUACAGAGGAUUUGGCCCAAGAUUUUUCACCAUGUCAGCUUAUGGAACAUCAAUGAUUCUGGCUUAUGAAUAUUUAAAGCGUGUGUGCGCAAAGGAUGAUUAAAGUUGAAAAUGGAUUCAUUUUUGCUGUAUCAGAGAUUUCUUUUGAAGCAGUCCAUGCAGAGAUAAUAAACAUUAUGGGCAGAUUAAAAUCGUUCAUUUUGGCCCUUCUAUCUAAUCAACCGUUGCCAGCCAAAUAGGAAGUGCAACUUAUACAAUUUUUUUCCAAAUUAUUUGGAACACUCAAGCCACAAUUCUUUAUAGAGUACAAGGAAUUCUUUAGUUGCUAAACUUAGGAAUCUUGGAUUAUGAAACUAUACUCUUGAUAAUAAAAACUGCACUGAAAUGUCAUUUUUUGCUUUUGA